UCUGCAGUGGCCAAAGGGACCCCGGAAACGCGCCGCUCGCGACGCCAGCGCGCUGCAGAUCCAGGAAGCGGAACGAAUGAAGUUCAUUUCUCACAGCUGGUGAUGGCGGAUGCUGUCGAAAUAGAGACCAUGAAGAAUUAUAACAUAGCGUUUGAGAGGAUAGACCCGAGCAUUAGCCGCUAUCCCUACUGUAUUGUAUGGACGCCAAUCCCCGUGUUAUCGUGGCUCUUUCCUUUCAUCGGCCACAUGGGCAUCUGCACCUCCACCGGAGUGAUUCGGGAUUUUGCAGGUCCAUACUUUGUCUCUGAGGAUAACAUGGCGUUCGGUAGACCAACAAAGUACUGGAUGUUAGACGUCAGUAAAGUGUAUGCCAGUGGAUCUAACGCAUGGGACACGGCGGUUCACAACGCAUCGGAAGAGUACAAACAGAGAAUGCACAACCUUUGUUGCGACAACUGUCACUCGCACGUAGCGAUGGCGCUGAACCUGAUGCGCUACGAUAACAGCACCUCGUGGAACAUGGUGAACCUCUGCCUGCUCUCGCUCAUUCACGGCAAGCACGUCAGUUGCGUAGGCUUCCUGAAGACCUGGCUUCCUUUCUGCAUCUUGACCAGCGUGAUCCUGGCCGUGGCUCUGUCUCUAAACCUGCGAUGACCCCGUCGGGGGUCACACACAGGAGAAACGGGGGGCCUGCCGCCCCGUCCGAGCUCCGGCGGGGACUCCUGCGAACGCCAACUCGAGCCCAGCUCUUCAGAGCGUCCAAAAUCAAACGCUACACCUCUUUGUCGUAGGGUAGAGACAGCAGAUACACCAUGGCUUCAACGUCUUGUGGUGAUGUACGAAACGCUAUUCUCAAAACCUGUCUUCCAAAGGCAUGACUUUGGUGUCUCUUGAGGGUUAUGGUGCUCUUUUAUCGUUUGGUGAGACUUCGAUCUCCAAACUAUAACUGCUGUUUAGGAAAUAUAACACUAUAACGUGUAAAAAAAAAAAAAAAAAAAAAAAAUAUAUAUAUAUAUAUAUAUAUAUAUAUAUACGUGUCUUAUAUUUUAAAUAUAACUUGAAUAUGAAUUUCUAAUGAUGCAGAAACAAUGCGUUGCAUAUUAAGAUACUCUGGAAGAUGGAUUUCCUUUUAAAAUCCUUACUAUGAAUACGAACGCUUAUUAUAGUCUUUUAAUAUUUCAUUUAGGAGUGCCCUUUCAGUCGUUUUAUUGGCAGCUUUUAAUAUCGUGGCUUGGCAUGCUUUAAAGUGUAAUCGUUUUUCUACACUACUCUAUUUACACGAGCAGAUUAGCAUUCAAAAAUCGCUAGCUAACGAAUAAGCUAAUCUUGUUGGCAUUACGUAUCGAAAAGCAUUCUUUGCGCUGCCCGGCCAGCUCUUAUUAUAUCGCAUAAUUUAUUGUUACGGCAUUAAUUUAUUAACCAUUACGAAAGCGCUUUCUCAAGUCGAAUGUGACGCAUUUAAAAGUGCAAAAGGUAGGCUAGGGCUUGAUCGGAGGAAAAAAAGCAUGCGUUCCGAUAGCAGAACAAAGCAGACGUGAAUGUGAAAGCUUGAAAUUGAAGUGGCCUUGGUGAAUUUAGCCGCUGUUUUAGUUCAUUAGAGGAGAAAGAGACAUUUAGUUUUCUAACAUGCACUAAUAAAUCCUGCACAGGAAGACUAGGAAUGAAGGAGAGCAAAUGAUGCCUUUAAUAUACACUCGUCCUGAGGAACACUUGAUUUAUAUCGCAGGGGUUAUGGAUGUUGAAAGCUUUGCUCUUUCAUUCCCGAACUUUUAAAUGAUGCAUUUAAUGCUUCCGUUGUUCGCUUUCGCAAGAGAUAUCACGGGUACGUUGAACUAUUGACUUGGUAUAAGGGCAGAAUAUGCCUAGUCUUAACAAUCAUAUCACGUAUAUAAAAAAAUAACUGAGAACAGGAUUUGUGUUCCGUAUAUUAUCCAGGGAUUGGAAACACUUCCAGGUCGUUAUUUCACCCCAAAGUCAAAAAGAGAAAUGUUUUAGAUAUUAAAAAAUGAAGCCUGUUUAAUUAUUAUUUUUUGCUUGUGGAAAGCAAGCACAUUUCCUACUGUAUGAAAUAUUAGUUAUUCGUUAUAUUAAUAUAUAAUUAGAUUAAUUGUAUUUAUUCAUCCUUGCAGUAUUUGUAGCACCGAUCGUGUUUAAUGCAGUAUAAAAAAAACUGCAGGACUUGCAUUAAUGUAAAAAAAAAUAAUAUUAAUUGUCAUGGGACUUUUAACAGGCUUUGUAUUUUUUUGAAUGCAAAAUAUAUUUUCCUUCUGAUCCGGGGCGUCGUGAGAUUGCUCAAUUAGUGUAUAAUUAGGACGAAGAUUAAACCUGGGCUCAAAAUGCGCUCUCUUACUGUAUUUUUACAGUAACACAAUAAACAUUUGUAAUUAACUAAAGAAACGAAAAAUGAAUGUUUUCAUUGUCCUAAUCGCGAGCUGUUUUUAUUUAUUUUUUUUACAUAUCUAUUUGUUCGCUAGUGGUUUUGUGCGCAAGUGUUUGACUCGCACAUCUGAAAGUCGAACCUUUAUUACUGUAACCCAGAGCACAGAGGUCCGGCCGUAUUCAUGAAGCGAGCACUUCAGACCCGUAAUCCUAGACUCUGAUCCGGACACCAAACCCGUUUCCAUGACUCCCGCGUGAUUAAAUCCCCUCUUUGUUUCACGUCAAAGAGAAAAAUCACCGAACUCCCCUCUUUUAACUAUUGCUCUCCUCUCACGUUUUUUUCUUUUCGUUCCUCUUUUCACGCUCUCUCACUCUUUGGAUGUUCUGCCAAGAGCAGCAGGUAGUCGAGUGUGUUUUGUGUCGGUGGAGUGUCUUCUGAUGGGCCUGUGUGUGUGUGUGUGUGUGUGUGUGUGUGUGGAGACUGGCCCCUGCUGGCCCCGGCUAGAGCUGAUCCCAUUAGAGAGCCCGUGUGAAGUGUGACGCUCUCACUUGACGGCCUUCCUGUCUUCAAAGACGUGAACCAGUGGAUCAGAAGCACAUUUGACCGUCGAGGUCUUCACGGCAGCCCAGCGGUUCCCAUUUCCUCUCGGUAAUCUCUAAAAGCAGAACGUGGUUCAUUCACUGAGGUCUUUCAGCGGUUGCAGUGUGUUUAUUGUUAACAUUCACUUGCCACCUUCCAAAAACGAGGCUUGAAAAAAAUUUGUAAAAUGUAAAGUUUAGUUUGUUUUUUCCAUCAUUUCUUACUAAAUCCUAAAAUAUAACUAUAAUUAGCAGGGCCGCAAAUGGAGUUUUACAAUUGUAGUCGACGCUCGAUUAUUUGUAAACAUUGAGAAAUUUAAUCAUUAUUUUGUACGUUUUUUUUUUUUUUUUUACAUUUUAUAUUUAGCCAUUUUUUUCUUUUUUGUUGUUCUCCAAAAAAAUAAACCAAAUUCAUAACUAACAGAGUUGAAGAGAUGGAAGUAGUCAACACUGAAUGAUUGUAAAUGGCUUAAUGAACGUAACAUUUUUCGUGUGAUGUUAUAUUUUUCUUAGAUAAUUUUCGCCAUCAGUGCUUUUAAAAAGCGCACGUGGACGCUUGAUUGAUUGAUUGUUUGUUUUGCAACAGGUUUAUUAGCGUUUUUGUGGGUUUUGCCCGUGCGUAAAAAAGUGCUGCAAACGUUUUUUUUAUGUGCGCUGCCGUUUAAGCUCGUCAUUACAUGAACUUUGCACAACUAAAAACAAGCAGAUUUUUAAUAAUAAUGAAGCUGUCACCUCGUACCUCCUGCAGCUGCAUUAGCGUGUGUGCGCGCGCGUGUGUGUGCGCGCGUGUGUGUGUGUGCGCGCGCGUGUGUGUGUGUGUGUGUGUGUGUGUGUGUGUGUGUGUGUGUGUGUGUGUGUGUGUGUGUGUGUGUGUAUUGGCUCUGAAAGUCUGUGUGAGUGUGUCUGAUGCUCACAAAGUCUAAUACUGGUGGUUGGCAUUCAAAAGUUGUUUGUUCUGGGUUUUACUGCUAAUAAUCAAAUUCAUAUUUUAAAAUGAGGUUGAAGUCUUUGCAAUCUUGCAUUGUGGAGUGUGUGUGUGUGUGUGGGAGAAUGCCUGCUUGACUAGAUGCAUUGUUUACAAUGGCUGCUGAGCGUUAGUUAAAUAUGAGUAGCAGAAUGCUUUUGUUGUUGAUUUUAUCCUGAUAACGUCAGGCCUUCAGCAGAGCACAUGAACCACUAGAAACAGGGUGAAAACACUCAAGGCCUUUUUUUACUCCUAACGAAUGACCGUGUAGUUUUAUAUUCAUAAUGCAAUAAGCUUACCGAACUGUAAUAUAGGAAUGUGAAGAAAGACGACCGCGUGCUUUGUUCGAUUUCUUGAACUUUUUAUUGUAUUUUGUGUUCUUUUCUCCCGAGAAGCCAGUUAUGGUGAUUUUUUUUUUUUUUUUUGAAUGUAUUUCUUCAUAACCUGCGUCAACGAGAACGGUCAUCAGAAACCAAUGGACACGUAUCAUCAUCUUCCUAAUUCAUUCACACAUCGUCAUCAAAUGUCCCGUUCUGCCAAAAGUAUAAUUUGAUGUUCAUGCAUCAUUGAUAUCAAUAAAAGAUAUUUACUAUUACAAUA